AUGUCUACUUUACAAAUUGGUGAUAUCGACCUGAAAGAAAUUGACAUAUGCGACGGCGACAUCUGCUCCGAAGCGGAGAGCGGAGUUUUUGUAAACUCAGGUGCAUUUUGCACAAACGAGUUUUCACCGUUCCGCAAAUGGGCUCCAACAGGCCAUGAUGACAUUAAUAUUACGGUACCGGACACAAAUUCUGAAUCCACCAAUGGGACGAACACAACAUUCUCCGUCUUGUCAUCCAAUUGCGCUCGAAUACCUGCCAACGAGUCAGAUGAAGAUGAUUCCAGAGCUUUGUCCCGUGCAUCUAUCGUGGACUGCCUGCUUGUGGAACUUUACGAUACUUACUCCAGCAAUAAGAGGAACGUGGAUAGUUUGGACAGCUCAACCGAAGCGUCCAGCUCGGACGCGUUUUUCGGAAGGAGCAACACUGGGUCAAGUUUUCUGCAAGAGCUCCAAGAGAAGCACACAAGGCGACAUCAGAUGAAUUACUUGGCUCAAAAAGAUCCAGAAGAACUGAAGUGGAUUAUUCAGGAGGUAAAGUACAGAAUCGGCAUCCAGUCAGCUAAGCUUGUGCGACAGCUGAAGAGGAAGGACCGGCUCUACAACAAACUACAGAAGAACUGUGACAUCAUCACGGCGUGUCUACAAGCUGUGUCCCAGAAAAGACGGGUGGACACAAGGUUGAAAUUCACUAUCGAACCAUCUCUGGGAAAGAACGGCUUUCAACAGUGGUAUGAUGCUCUGAAAGCAGUUGCAAGACUCCCUACUGGAAUCCCCAAGGAGUGGAGGAAGAGGGUGUGGUUAACUUUGGCUGACCAGUACCUCCACAGUAUCUCUAUAGACUGGGAAAAGACUUUGAGAUUUGCUUUCAAUGACCGCAGUAAUCCAGAUGAUGACUCUCUUGGCAUCCAGAUUGUUAAGGACCUGCACAGGACCGGGUGCAGUUCCUACUGCGGUCAGGAGGCUGAGCAGGACAGGGUGGUACUGAAACGUGUGCUAUUGGCGUAUGCGCGCUGGAAUAAGACUGUGGGCUACUGUCAGGGCUUCAACGUGCUGGCGGCCCUUAUCCUCGAGGUAACCGAGGGCAACGAGGGAGAUGCACUCAAGGUGAUGAUCUAUCUGAUUGACAAAGUAUUACCAGACAGCUACUUUGCCAACAACCUCCGAGCACUUUCUGUGGAUAUGGCAGUGUUUAGGGACUUACUGAGGCUGAAACUUCCAGAACUUUCUCAGCAUCUCCACCACCUACAGAAAAAAGCUAAUCGAGAAGGGGGAGGUAGCUACGAGCCUCCGCUGACCAACGUAUUCACCAUGCAGUGGUUCCUCACCAUGUUUGCCACCUGUUUGCCCCACCACACUGUGCUGAAGAUAUGGGACUCUGUCUUCUUCCAGGGGUCUGAGGUGCUGCUUCGUGUUGCCUUGGCAAUCUGGUCCAAACUGGGAGAGAGAAUUGAGGACUGUCAGAGUGCAGAUGAGUUCUAUAGCACUAUGGGCUGUCUGACCCAGGAGAUGCUGGAACACAACCUCAUUGACUCUAAUGACCUCAUGCAGACCGUAUACUCCAUGGCACCUUUCCCUUUCCCCCAGCUGGCUGAGCUGAGGGAGAAAUACACCUAUAACAUAACCCCUUUCCCUGCUCCGGUCAAGGCUAACAGCAGUCAGAGCGGCCAUGGCUGGGAGAGUGAUGAUGAUGGAGACGUAGAUGAUGAAGAUUCUCUCAUCACUGCUCUGGGGUGUCUGGGACCCUUAGGUGGACUGCUGGCCCCUGAGAUGCAGAGAUACCAGAAGCAUCUGAAAGAGCAGCAUGGUGAACAAAGCCCUCGCUGUAGCAGUAUGGCAGAGGUGAGUCCCGGGGCAGUGGGCGCAGGACGGGCGGAGCACCAGGCUACUAUUAACAGCAUGAUGCUGGAGAGAAUGAGUACAGACAUCAAUGCAUUGAAGAAACAAUACUCGCGCAUCAAGAGACGCCAGCAACAACAGGCCAGCCUGCUCUAUAUCCACACAGGUGACCAGGCAUACAGACCUCAGAGACACACUCGUAUUUACCCCUCAACCUCUUUUUCUUAUAUUUCAGAUAAGUGUCCAGCCACCAGUGUCCUAGCCUCCCAGGUACACCCUUCCCCAAUGGUCAAUCAUCUCCUCUUGGGAAGGAAGCCAAGAGGAGGUCACCGAAGCUCCAGGAACAGUAUUGCCCACAGCCCGGGGUUCUGCACUGCGCCCCUGCCCCAGGGUCACUCCACCCCCUCCACGGAUGAGGCAGUGAGGACCCGGCUGCACUCUCCCUGGCGUUCCCAUAUGCGUGCUCACCGCAGGAACAUUGCCCGAGCGCGUGCACAGCUGGGCUUUGUCGAUUCGUUCAGUUUAGAGGAAGAACCGGAAAGAAGAACUUCAGAGACAGCAUCGUCGCAGCCAGAGGAAGGACAGAUUACAAAUGAAGAAGAAAGCAAAGAAAAAGAGGAGGAGAGAAUGAAAGAUGAUGGAAGUGAGCGACAGGAAGAGGUGGUUGUUGAGGAUGGACAGUCAGAUCUCUCUCUGCAGAACUCCAGUGAAGAGGAGAAGAGAGAGGAGAAGGUGGAGCAGGUAGAGCAACAACUGGCUUCACUAGAACUGGAACCUGGACCUGAGCUGUCAACUUUAACUCAGGAUGAACCGUCACCGAGAACAGAACCAGACCCAGUACCAGAGGUAAACCCGGUACCUCCAGCUCUAACGACACCUAAAUGUCGCCCUGGCUCUGAUUCCUCCAGUUCAGACAGUGGGGGUUCUCUCAGGCACACACCCUCAUCAGGACCUCCCAAAGCCCAACAAAUCUUCUCCCCUUUCCCCUGUGUCAAAACCCCUCGGAAAUCAGCUGCUGCUCGAAACCUUGGCCUCUAUGGACCCACCUCCAGGACUCCCACAGUGCACUUCCCUCAGAUGAGCAGGGGCAUAAACCGGGUGAGCAGUGGCGUCUCUUCUUCCACCAGGAGGCGAUGA